UCCUUGCAGCUCCCUGGUUUUGUGGUGCUCGCUGGUCGCUGGCACUUCUGCGGCGGUGUUGGCUGUGGGCGUUUGAGUCUUGGAAGAUCAGGAGAGCCGCUGGACGUGGCGAAGGGACAGGUGCCCGCUCAGAGCGGGAGCGCGCCCUUCUGGGAGGGAGGCACCAAGGACCAGGAAUGUUACAAGAACACAUGAGAUAACACAGGCAUGGAAAAUGCUACAGAAGGCUUACAAAAAUAAUUGGCUGUUUGAGAAGAGGGCCCUAACCAGAAACUGACCAUGUAGGCAUCCCAGCCUCCAGAACUGUGAGACAAAUUAAUUGAAAAGGUUUACUCUAUAUCUUAUGACUACAAGAGCCUUGGGAGAUAGAUAAAGAUGAAUGCUGUGUGUCAUGUAAUACUGAAGUUUUGAAGUUGGAAGACGUUUGCUAAAUCAAAUCACUCAAAUGAACUGUGGGUUCUGAACACUACCUAUGAGCGAACUGACCUUUGGGGUUAUCCAAAAUUAGAAAAGAGUCAUUCAGCUGUCUCAUCAUUUAUGGAAAAGACCUGAGCAAGAGGCUUGAGAAGAGAAUCAACCACAUAGAUAGAGUGUUUGCUGCAUUCAGGUUCAACUUCCUCAACCCAAAGAUGAAACACUAAGUUUUCAUACCAAUUUCUAAAGGGUGGAACCCAGGACCUUGUGUGUGCUCGGAAAGUUCCCAUUCAAGUCAAAUUCACCAUAAUGCAGAAUCCUCUAUCAGUACCACCCAAAGAUCAAGGAGAUGAUUCCAUGUCCACCAGUCCUGUUGAGAAACACCUAACUCCACAAAUGCUGGACUCUCCUAGAAAGACAGUCUGCACAGGCGAAUCAAACAACCCUUCUGGAACAAUACAGAGUGGGAAAAGUUUGCAGAAUAAGAGUCAGUUUAGGACCAUUGCGCCAAAAAUUGUGCCCAAAGUCCUAACAUCCAAAGUGCUGCCAUGUCAUUCACCAUCACUCUCCGAUCAGGGGAAUCUGGGGCCCGCCAUCAAGCCACUGGGGAUGCCUGCCCAGAACUAUGCUCUGAUGCAAGUUGCUGGCCAGGAGGGAACAUUUUCUCUUGUUGCUUUGCCACAUGUUGCCUCAACUCAACCAGUUCAGAAACCUAGAAUGCCUGAAAAUCUUAAACUGCCUAUUCCCCGAUAUCAACCCCCAAGAAGUAACAAAGGAUCAAGAAAGAAACCCAUCCUGAGCCCUCCUGAGAGUGGCUGUAGCAAAUCUCCUGCCCAAACCCAGAUGUGUCCUCAGAUGUCUCCUCCUACAUCUGCCCAGCCUGAACUUCCACAUAAACCCAGUCCAUGUAAGCAGCUGCCAUCACUAGACAAAGCCCCAGCCAGCAUCAGCACAGCUAUACUGACAAGUGGCAGUGGCCAUGGAGACUCGAGAUCUCCAGUGACCAACAACCAUGGAGAUGUGACCCCUCCUGCCAUCCCAAUAUUCUCUACAUCAGGGGAGCCCUCAGCCAAGCAGAGUUUCCCAAAGAUUUCAGAGAGAGUAAACUUUACAAGCAAGAAAAUACCCAGUAAAACUUCUCCUAUUGCCAGUGAAAAACUUAAAGAACAAGUUGAUCAUGCAAAAGCUAUAACCAGUUUAUCACCAGCCAUUUUAGGCAGUACAGUUCAAUUGAUCUCUUCAGUCCCCAGGGGUAAGCUGCCAAUCUUACCCUACUCUAGAAUGAAAACAGCAGAGGUUUGCAAAAUUGAAUCUGAUGCCAAUACUGCAGAUUUUUCUUUACCUGGGCAUGGGACAGACUAUGAUAAGAGAUUCUCCACCACGGAAGGCUUUAAUGCAGCCACCAAAAUGGCCAGUAAGACACCUGUUCCACAGGUGUCAAGGCAGAAUCUUUGUGAAAGUGCCUUUUAUCCAGUUACCAAACUAGAUCUCAACCACAAAACAAAAUUGAAUGGUGGGGCAGCAAAGAGAAGAGGAAGAAAACGAAAGAUACCAGAUGAAAUUUUGACAUUUCAAGGAAAAAAGAGGAAAUGCAUUCUUAAUAAAUGUAGAGAUAGUAAAGAGAGAGCAAAAACUGAUCCCCAAGAAUCCAGAGACCAAAAACCCGGGGUCCUGAAAAAAUACCGUAACAUUAUGCCUAAACCUGUAAUUGUUGUGUCUGCUUUGGCUCCCCUACCUUCUCCUGCAGCUGUGCUACCAUCCCAAACGUCCAGCAGCCUGGGACAGGACACUUUGUUAAAUAAUUCUAAAUAUCUCAGCUGUAAGCAGAAUGACAACCCUUCCUCUAAGCCCAGCUCUGUAUUCAGAAAUGGAUUCUCUGGCAUCAAGAAACCUUGGCACAGAUGUCACGUUUGUAACCACCACUUUCAGUUCAAACAGCACCUUCGAGACCACAUGAAUACACACACCAACAAACGGCCAUACAGUUGUCGGAUUUGUCGCAAGGCCUAUGUACGUUCUGGCAGCCUAAGCACACACAUGAGACUUCAUCACAGUGAAAACCGUCUGAAGAAACUUGUGUGUUGUGAGUUUUGUGCAAAAGUGUUUGGUCACAUCCGAGUCUAUUUUGGCCAUCUGAAAGAAGUGCAUAGGGUCGUGAUCAGCACUGAGCCCUCCCCCAGUGAACCACAGCCAGGGGCCAUGCCAAAGAACAGAGACAGAGAUCCUAGUAUGCAAGCGAUGGAGGGACCCCUGGAGAGGGAAAACAAGUCAAGCUUGGAAGAAGACUUACUUCUAAACCAGGCAGGUGAAGUCAAAUUACAAAUCAAAUGUGGCCGUUGUCAGAUCACUGCUCAGUCUUUUGCUGAAAUAAAGUUCCAUCUGCUUUAUGUUCAUGGAGAGGAAAUUCAGGGCAGGCUGCAAGAGGGAAUCUUACCAGGCACCAAAGGAGCUCAGGAGGCUCUGGUUAAACAUGCUGCUCCUGACUGGAAACAGCAUCCUGAGAGAAGAAGGCAGGUAAAGGCUUGUUCUUCUGAGGAGGAGUUCCGCGCAUUUCCUAAAUUGAAAAGGCCACUCUAUCUUCACCACCAAAAUGGUGUGGAAAUACUCAUGGAAAAUGAAGGAGGCCUACCAGGAGCAAAUGAGCCAAGGGAACAACCUCAGGUCCCUGAGUGUCCCAGCCCCCACACCAUUCUCCUCUGGUCCCAUUCAGGCUUUAACUGCCUCCUUUGUGCCCAGACACUGGGAAGGAAGGAGGAGCUCUUCCUGCACUGGGAACACAGACAUAACUGUGAGGACCCUUCCAAACUCUGGGCUAUUUUAAGUACUUUCUCGAACCAGGGAGUGAUUGAACUUUCCAGUAAAACUGAAAAAUGAAACCCUGGGGUAAACUGGGGUUAAAGAGAGUUUUGCUAGCACCUUUCUAUCAAAGCUUUGUGUUUUAUGGUGGUACUUAAUUUUAUGAAUCAAACAAAUUAGAAUUAACAUUAAUGAACAAAAGUAAUUUUUGUACAUAGUUUUAUUUUCUUAUGAAAUAAAUAUAUGCCCUGGAUGCAUAUUUUUCUAACCAUAUGCAGUCUGAUUUUAAAAUUCUAUGUACUGGCUUUAUUAUCUUAGACUUUAUUUCAGAAUAAAUUAAAAGAUCAAAAUUUGGAGAUUGAAAUGUAGAGGAUUAUAGGUUGUUCUUCAAAUAACUUUCAGUAAAAAUGUGUGCGUGUGAGUGUGUGUUUAUGUGUCCUUUUUUUCAGAUAUUUUCUACUUACGUAGACCAACAAUGUGAAGAAUUUACAUGUGGCAAUUCUAUUUCAUUUCAAACCAUGGUAUCAAAUUAGUUGGUAAAGGUUGAUAUUUAUUAAAUUCCCUGGUGUAUUUGAAUAUGCUGCCAAGCAGUCUUUUCAUAAGGUUGUCUUCUACCAUCAUUUGAAGUAUAUGUUUUUAACACUUAAUUUUUUGUGUGAUUUUACUAUUUUCUUAAAUGCAUAUUGCCUUGAAGAUAACUUGGCAAGUCUCACAGCUAUAAUGUUCCAUAUC